GCAGCUCUGAACAGGCACUCCGCUUUCGCGCGUCCGUGGUCGGGUCUCGCCAUGGUUGGUGUGAUUAGAAACUAACAUUAACUGUAAAUAAGUGAAAACGAAGAUGAGUGACUGAAUACGAAAAAAGAGCCGACAUUAUCGAACGCCUGCCUCCCGACCGUCAGAUGAAAACAAUGCAAGACAAAUCCGAAGGCGCCAGAGAUGAAUCCCGAUCGCUCGUCCGAAGGCACCUCCUCUCCUUUUCUUUCUUUCUCUCCUGAGACGGCAGUCUUGAGCAAGCGGUUACCAAUGCAUUGCCAGGUGGAAUCGGUCUUACCAGCGUCGUCUUUUGUUUGGAUUCUCUUGUUUUACGAUCCCGGUUCUCCAGAAUGGCUUGCACGCUCCUCAGGAUCGUCCAGGCGGCGGUGAAUCUGAGGCGUCGCUUCGAAUGCGCCAUCCAGUCGUCGUUCGAAUCCGUGGAGAGUGGCGAGGUCUUGGACGACCACGCGCAUCUGGGCGACACUGAGGACAACGGCGAAGACGUCUCCGCCAAGGAGGAAGAUGUGAGCACCAGUGAACAUCUCUCGCAGAAUUUCCAGCUCUCGUUCGCCGACGACGACAACGACGACGAAGACGACGGCAACGACAGCCAGCAGGGCGACAAUACUGGCGACAACUCCACCGAGCAAAAUACCGAGCCUCCAGGCGACGGAGCCCAAACGAGCAGCAAAAUGACGUUCAUUCAUUCAGAUGACCAGAAGGAUUCCGAGGAUAAAGAAAACGGCGCCUACCGAGACGCCAAGACUUCCAGCUCCAUUGAGAUACUGGAAGAAAACGUUUACGCCACCGAGGAUGUGGAGAGCGGAGAUGAACUGGAUAGUCCCACCGCUGAAAACGAAACCGUUGUGGAAGACGGUGUCACAGAAAACGUAAACUCAAACGAAAACGAGAGCACAACAGAAAACGUACAAACGACAGAACACCAGUCUGCAGUAGAAUCCACAGAAAGUGGGACUGCAGAGCCAACUAAAGAAAACAUCGAGACAAUCACCGUUCCUAAAGUGCCGAUUGUUCAGGUGAAUGAAAUAAGUGGCUCGGACAGAAGUAGCUCCGAGAGAAGCACAACCGACAGUGACACCGACAGUCGUUGCAGCAUCAAGUCUGUCAGACUACGUUAUGCGGAAGCCGUGUCCCCUUCGAGUGGCUGCAAGCCUCCGAAGAUAAUAAAAAGCGAAGCUUCCCUAGACACCUCCGAGGGAGAGCCGGAGACCGACCAACAGUGGAUCCUGUUGGUGAAGGAGUCGGGUCAUCAGCUGGUCAAAGAGAGUGAGAAGGAAAACAGCAACAGUGAGAGCGAAGUCGACAAGAAAGAGUUCCUCGCUUACGCAGACUGGUUGCUCAAAGGUGGAGACAGUGAGGGGGCAGAGACCAGUUCCUCCGACGAACAGGACCCCCUCUACAGCCCUUCCGCGUACGAGGGUGCCACGGGGGAAGAGGACAUUGACAUCGACGAGGACAGUGAGAUAUACCUCGAAGACGAUGACGACGAGGAGGUUGAAUACGACGACGACGAAAUGAUCGUCGAGGAAUCUUUCGACGAGUCGUUCGUGGACGACGGUUUCGUCAGUCUCGAUAUUGACGAAUUUGACGAUGACGUCAUCAUAGAGGAAAACGAGUCUGACCUCGAGAAGGAAAGGCUCGAGGAGGAGUUACUCGAGGAGAUGAGGAAAUCCUUCGAGGAAGGGCCCGGUCGAGCAGAGGCCCAGGAGCACAGAAAACUCAGCCGCCAAUACAGUCCCGCGAUUUACCUGGCUGACCCUUUGCCUGGAAUUCCAGAAAGCAAAGUGGUCAUAGAGGCCAAGGACGAGGGCACUGGCAGACUCCGGUACACGUCAUCCUACAGGAGCGCGAGAGGCAGCAAGAAGAGCCUAAGAUCACCGCCUGUCCAGCGCCAGAGGUGCGUCCAGUUGGAAGGGGGAGAGGGCGACGACGAGGGGGCGGGGGGUAGGCCUCCCCGCCCGGUCAAUCAAUCCUCCGAACACAGAGUCGAUCCCAGGGACAUUGUCCUCGAGGUCGAACCAAUCCGUGUGACGACGAGCACGCCCUCGCCGGAAGUCCCACUCGUCGUGGUAGCGACGGCAGAGGGCGGCACUCGUACCCACGCCCUCCACAGGCUACGGGGCAGGUCGAGCCACCAGCCCAGCUACACCCACACUGCCUCUUCCGGGGAUCCUCUGCCCAAGACCCACACAUAUCACAAGUACGCCAGCGCCAGCUUCGACCUCGCCAAGUCGAACAGACACGAGGGAGCUCGAGCAGCCUUCCACACCUCUCGGAGCAGCUUCGAGGGCGACCGUCGACUCUCCCUGAGUGCCAGCGGUGGCGGCGGCGGCGGCGGCGGACGAGGGCCAUGUGAGAGCAUCGGCUUGACCCCUCCCACCUUCGACAAGAGUCCGGGGUCGGCGCGGCACCUUCCAUCCAUGGAGGGAGGGUCGCGCCCUUGCAGCAGCGGAAGCAACAGCGAACGGACCGUAGAAGGUCUCCCGAGGAGUGGCUUCCGAAGAAGUCGGAGUGAGAGGGUCGGAGGGUCGCCCGCCAGCGUCUCUCCCGCUCGGAGCGAGUCGCUCAGGGUCAGCAGGACCAGGUCGCACCACCAGGAUGUGGAGAUGACUGAACUGUGCUCCCCCAGAAGACUAAGUCCGUACGACGACUACAGACACGAUGCUCUCGCAAGCAGCCGCAUCAGUCCGGACACCAGUCCGACGACAAUCCCCAGCGGAGGAGAGGCCACGACGGUGCUCUCGACGUCGGCGAGAUACACCUCCUGGCGCUCCGUCAGCGCCAGCAACAGGAGGCAGUCGUCGCUGGAAAGCGGCGAGCUGGAGGACCUCAUGGAAAACCGGAGAAACGUCGAGCAGAGGCGUCUGCGCCUCCAGGCGGACUCCACGACGCCUUCGGACGAGGACGAGGAGCCCAGAAGCAAGAUCAGAUACAAUGACAUGGGAUCCUUGGAACAGGUCAAUGAAGAAAUGGCCGACUUGUUGGAUGAUUCCAGCGUAGCUUCGUCGGAUAAUCAUGAGAAAAUUAAGGUUCAGUGUCGCGCUUUGUGGCAACUCAGAGCCACCUUCGAGGAAGAAGACCCGGAUGAGCCUGACUCGGACUCCGGCAGAAUGGAAAUUCUAAGUUCCCCAGAACACCACUCUCCAGACCAAGAAAACCUGACAAGCGCCACCAGCCACACAACCUCCUUCGAGAGCAACACGGACGCUAUCGUAGCAGGAGAGCCAGGGGGAGCCGAGCCUUCAGCCAGCGAAGGACUCCCCGAAGGAGACGACACCGAACCUGAGAGGAGUAACGAGGACCUGGGUGUCACUCAUCCCCCAAUCACCCUUCCUUCCUCAGAGGCGAGACGUACCUCUUACAGAGCCAUUCUCGCCAACAGGUUGAAGCAGAUCGACGCCGGUCCUCGCCCCCCUCUGUCUUCUGAGAACAGCUUCGACUCGGUCGACACCGAGUGUUCCUCGACCACAGACCUGAGCAGAGCCGAAGUGCUCACCACCAGCUUCGACUCGACCACCGACUGCCCGACGGACUCCACGAGCGACACCCACUCGCACCGGCUGCAGCAGAUGAAAGCCGACAGCGGCUACAGAAGCCUCGAGGCGAACAACGGCAGGGCGCCGAAGCUGAGCAAGAAGCAGAUCCACUUCAUGGAGGAGAGCCUGGAAGUGUCGGAGAGCAUGGUGGAGAGGGACCGCAGUCGGGAGAGGCCCACCAACCUCUGCGGGUCGCACGAACUUCUCGACCCUUCUGUCGACCCGCAAAGCAAAAGAGAGCGGCUCCGGAAAAGCGUCGCUCAGUUCGAGAGGCGCAGCAGUAAAAGUCUGCCGAAAAAGCGGAGAGAAGCUCUGCGGGAAAGGCAGGCUUCUCUGGACACUGCUCUUAGUGCCGGUCUUAGUAGUACUCUAGUCGGGGUCGGGUGUUCGCUGGAAGGGGAUGCCACGCCCUCCGACGAAAUCAGCGGCAAGCGAUCCGUGCUCGCCAGGUUCCUCCGCACGCACAGGUACCCGGCGGCCCACUACAGGCUCCUCCAAAGAGAUUACUCCAUCGACGAGAAAUCUGACCGGCUGUUCAAAGAAUUCAGCCGAACGGAAGUCCCUCAGGAGUGGGAGCCCCCGACGCGACGAGGGACGCGACUGUACACGGGAAGGCGCCUCCACAGGCACCUGGAUGCCGAGGGAUCCCCUCGCUCGCAUCGCCGGAAGCUCUCUCCUCAGGACUCCAUCGAGGAGGAGGAUCAGGUUGCCGCGGCUCUGUGGGAUAGUGAGAUUUCGAGGCCCGAGUCUCUUGCAGACUCCAUAGGGCUGCCGGAGGAGACUGAGUGACUGCAUCAAACAGACUCAUACUCAUAGUUCAUAUGAAUAUAUACAUAUAUACAUAUAUAUACUUGUAAGCUAAGGUGAACCCCCUUUUAUUAUGAAAAGGAAAACACAUUACUUUAGAAUUUUUUCAUUCAAAACCUUACAGCCAUUUAACAUUAAAAGUAAUAUGUACAUUCUAGAGAACUCCAGCAUUUCUAUGGUUGUGAAUGAACGCCAUGCGGUUUCUAAUCCCAAGAAAAUCAUUGAGAUAAUGAAGUGAUGAAUUCGCAAAGAUGGACUGAAAUUCUUUCUAUUUGAGGAAAAAAAUAAAAGAUAAAAACGCAUAUCUUUCCCUAUUAAUCUCGUCGACUAGUCUGUUAUUAGCUUUUCAUCUUCUUGGAAUCGUAAAUAAAAAGAAAAGUGUUCAAAUUAGAAUUGACUUCGUGAGCUACAUCCGGCAGUGUGCAUGUCUAUCAACUAUAUAGAAAACAAACGCACAAAUGUCCCACUCCUGGGAAUAUGUAGGCAUUGCUCCAUCAUCCAUCUCACAGAAAACAGGAAGGAAACGCCAUAAAGAACAUAGGAUUAACCUCAACAGUGUCUGAGAACUCAGUUUCUGAACCCACGGGCACUCGGGGAAAAAGAGAUUUAUGUGGCCAACUGGAUGUUCAUCCACAAAUGAAAAUCCAAAAACUUCUUCGUUUUUUUUAGAGGCAAUCAAAGCUAAACAUGAAAAAGUGCAAAACUCAGU